AUGAUUAAAAGCGAGGAUGUCAUGGAUUCAAACGGUCAUUCCGGCACGCACAAUGGCUUGCACCACCACCACCACUCCGCCGCACAUUUACCUCAUCACAGCAGCAUUUAUCGCAAUCUGCCGUCGAAUAUCUUGUCAGCAUCGAAUUUCGCCCCCUUAACAUACGGCGAUCAAACGUCCAUGAUGCGCAUGCCGCCGCAGGAGUCACCCGAAUUGCAGGACGAGAAGCCCGACCUCAACUAUCUCGAUCGCAAAUAUUACGCCACCAUGAUGGCUCAACCGCCCGUGCAUGUCUCGGAGGCCGCCGCCACAUAUGGACUGACGUCAAUGCACACCAUAUGUGCCUCCUCGCCGCAUACAACAAACGAAAACGACAUUGGCAUGCUAAUGCCGAUUUCGCCCAAUUCGUCGCCCCACAAUGAAGGUGUCGUCGUCAAAUCGCCGUCGGAAGGUGAGCUGCAACAACAUUAUGCGGCUACACAAAAUCGCAUCAUUUCCGCGAAAAUGUCGGAUCUGGGACAGCAGUUGAAUCCACAUUAUACAUCCACCAUAAAAUAUUGUACUAGUAAUGCAAUUUUCAAUACCUCCGAGUACCUGGCGCAGCACGAGCAUGAACAUACUGCUGCGCCAUCUGCGAUGCCUGUCUCUGCGGAAGCAAGCUCUUCUGAUCAUUUGUCGCAGUCCUUGCAACGCAUACAAAAUGUCGGUGGUAUGCCAUCAGUGUCCAGCGCGUCGGGUGUUAUAACCAGUUCGCAUAGCGUUUCUGGGCAAUUAUGUGCCACAACCGAAACGAUGUCCUAUUCGAAUAGUUCCUCGCCGGCGAAGUCGGUGCAUAGCCACCAAAGUGAAGGUGGUGGUACAACGACGCCUGGUGGUGGUGGUGGUGGUGGUGGUGGUCAACAGCAUCAGCAACAACAACAGCAGUCAACUUCAUCAUCAACGCAGGAGCUAACGCCGCCAGAUACGACGAAAAAAUCAGGCACAAGGCGCCCUGAGAAACCUGCAUUGAGUUAUAUUAAUAUGAUCGCGAUGGCGAUCAAAGAAUCACCAACGGGAAAGCUGACGCUUAGUGAAAUCUAUAGCUUUCUGCAGAAAAGGUAA